GCCAGAAACUACAAGCAUUUUAACUUAAGCCUGCAAUUUGUCGUUAGUAUUUUGGUUCUCUGAACAAGUGUCUUGCCAUAUAUAGAGUUCUGAAUCCUCCAAAGGCGUCGAAUCAUCGUACCUUGAUGGCGAACUUGCGCUGAGGGAAGUGAACAGUGCGCUUCUUGGUCUUCUCGAGGACGCGAGACUUCUCCUCAGGUGAUAGUCGGCGACGGAUGGCACGAGUCUGCUUGGGUCGGAGGUCGAGAGGGGCGUACUUCUUGUUCUUGUAGAACAGGCGAAGCUGAGCCCUUUGCUUGGCGUUGAUAACGGUCAGGACACGGGCGAUCGACUUGCGGAUGUCAUGGCUGUUUGAAACGCAUUAGCGAUACGCCACUUUUGAUUUUACGAUCUCCUUCAACACCAAUGUUGCAGAGAGAGAAAUGCUCACAUCCUGUUCAGCUUGGAGCCAGAAGAGGCGACCUUCUGGAUGCGGAGUUGACCAAGCUCGGUCUUGAGCUCAGCGAGCUGCUUUGUCAAAUCAUCCUUGUUCUUGCCCCAGAGCGCACCAGCCUUGACCUUGCCCGACGACUGCAACCUGUCAGCGAUUUGUCCUUCCCAUAUUCAUGUUUUGUGUGUUGCUAUAUCGAAACAAUGGCCGAGGCUCGAGGGUGGAAAAACGAUCGUGAAUGUGUUUUGUGUGUUUUGGUCGAUGAAAAGUUCGAAGGAUUUGACAGCCGCACAAAACGCCGACAAAACAAGCCGACAACUACCGUGACAGAGGGCGAGGAUUAUUCGUACUCACCAUCUUGAAUAGCUUCGAAGUGGUAUGCGAAGUGGUGUCGACGAGGUGUUGGGAAGAUAUCUGCCUCAAGCUUUCAGUGUCGCGAUAUCGUUGCCGUGCGCAGGUUAGAAAUUUAGGGCUUUGAGGCAGGCAGUGGGGCAGCCUCCUGCACAAAGAAUUUUGAUUUCGGAGUGGCACGUGAUAUUACACGUGACUGAAUCCCGACGCUAGCGUAAGGCGGUGUGAGUACCGAUUCUGCCAUCCCUCGAACAUGGGUCGUCAGGGUGUUGAUGGGUGAGGUGGAAGGCUAGUUCAGGUUGACGAUUAUACGAAUACAUCACCAUAUUGUCACGAAGCCAGAAUUUUAAUAUACAGAAUGUCGACAACGAAUGGAGUCGCCGGAUGGGCCCAGCUUCGACAACAAGCUCGACAGUUGGAGACCCAGACGGAGACCUUGUUCCACACAUAUUCGCAGUUCUCGACAGCCUCUAACGUACCACCAAAGCCUACAGAAGAAGAGCGCGAAACAGAAAGAAAGUUGGAAGAAUUGCUAGAGAAGCGCGAAACAGUCAACGACCAGCUCACUCGACUUCUUGAUUCCGAACCCAAUCUCGCAUCCUCCGCUUCAAAACAGAACAACCUGUCCCUCCUUCGAAGGAAGCUUACUGGCCAUCAGAGAGAUCUGGCGCGCCUGCGUUCAACGCUACAACAAGCGCGCGAUCGGGCGAACCUUCUGACCAAUGUCCGCUCGGAUAUCGAUGAAUACCGCCAGAACAACCCUGAAGCUGCCGAGGCUGAUUACAUGCUGGAAGAGCGCAAUCGUAUCGACAAUAGCAACAAUAUGGCGGACAGUGUUCUCAGCCAAGCGUACGCAGUUAAUGACAACUUUAAUCUGCAGCGUGAAACCUUGGCGAGUAUCAAUCGGAGGAUUACGCACGCGGCAAGCCAAGUACCUGGGAUCAAUACGCUGAUCGGAAGGAUAUCGGCAAAGAAGAGGAGGGACGGGAUUAUUAUGGGAAGCUUUGUUGCGUUCUGUUUUAUUGUUUUCUUCCUCUUCUCGUAAAACUGACGAGCUUGCCUUUGUAUAAUGCACAGGUGUUCAGGGGUAUCAGCGUGUUUGAUAUUGUACAAUCAUGGUGGGACCAUGGAUGUCUAGGAUGUCUAAAGUUACAAUCGUCUUCCUCUACUAGAAGGCGUCUAAUUACAGCAUUUUUGGAACCUCAAGAUGGUGUUUGCCUGGAUGUUGCUCCUUUGCAGUGGCGGGCAAGGUCGCUUCGUUCCUCAUCUCAUCGACUAUUCGUGAGAGGCCCUUUGCCAAGCCCUCUGCUUCAACGGGAUGAGCGGUUCCGCUGCCCGCCCACCGAACCCGGCAAUACUGAUCGACAAGAAAGACGUAUCCGACCUUGCUGUUGAGUAUACCGAUGGAUUCGCGAAUGUCGUCGGUAACGCCUCGUCGCACAAGGAAGUAUUUGUCCCAAUCCUUCUCUGGGAACUGCUUUCGCAAUGAACCCAUGAAGAAACGCACCAACCAUGCCUUGCCGGCAUUAUCUUCAUAGUUGAUGUGGACAAUCUGUGUCGUACCCGGGUGUUUGUUUAGUACUUCAUGAAGCCCGGGGUUUUCCACCUUAGAUGUAAAGGUCGCAGCUUGCUGCUCGGCCCAGCGGCUGCUGAAGAAAGAGACGACUGUUGCCUUGCCAGUAAGGAGUGGUGUAGUAUCGCGUGGGUUCUUAUCCGUCUUCAAUAGAGUUUCGCCGUAAAAGUUGGGGAAGAAUAGUGACAACUCGGCCUUAAAUAGGCGUGGGGGCGCGAUGAAGGAUUUACCCUCAUGGUAUUGAAGGUUGCCCCAAUCUCGAAAGUACGGCCGUGAAAUCUUUGCAGUUCUGUGUACAAAGAAGCGUUAGUGUGUGUGUUACCAGCCGGCCUUGAUGGUCUUACAGCUCCUUGCGCCGUUGCAAGUGCUUGUCAUAAUUAACAAAAUCCUCACGUCGCUGUCGCAGCGAUCGACUAUCAAUUCCAGUGUUCUCUCCAGCUUUAGGCGGUAGGGGCAUUCCGAUCGGACGAGGAAGAGGUUUCGGUACGAAGUGCCCUUCUUGUCGCUUUCCAUAACUUCGUGGAGCCUCAAUUGGCUUAGCAACAUUUUCUUGGGGAUUUAACGAUGCGCCAGAUCCAGGCUUUUCAGUCCUCGCUAGUCGGAUGGUCGAAGUGGUGAAUGAGCGACGAGCCUCGCAAAGGAAACAUGUUAGAGGUCGGCGAGCGAGGCCGGAGAGGCUCAGCUCGAGUCGUCGUGAUGCCAUCAUGGCUGGCAGGGGAGGGGAGGGGACGGACUUUGCGGCUCUCCAAACCUGAGACCCGACGUUGGAAAAUUC